AUGGCGCAAGUAGUAGAGACCGACCCCGCCUCGUCCUCCCUUUCCCCGCCGUGCGUCGUCGUGCUGCUGCCAGACGGCUCGGCGCGCCUGUACGACGACGCGCGUCUCACGGCGUCGACAGUGCUCGCCGACUUCCCCCGCCACCUGCUCCUCUCCACCCUCAGCACCGCCACGCCUCGCACCCCCUUGCCACACGCCGCGGACCUUGAACCUGGAAGAACGUACUACCUCGUCGCCGAGACGCACCGUCCGCAAACGGCGGCAAGAAUCGAUGUGGAAGCUUUCGAUUCGGCGUGUUCAGAUUGCCGGGCUUCCUCCCGUAGGGCGCUGCAGAAAUCGGUGACGUUGCCUUGCAACGGCGUGACGUCACUCGCGCUUACGCAUCAUAUUGCGAACAAUGAGACCAAGUGGGAUAGUUUACCCGCUUCGCAUGUUAACUACAGAUUGGGCCCUGGCGACUGGAGGUCCGAGGUUCAAUCAAAUGACGUCGUCCCCAACACGGGGAACUACGACGGACAGAGGUCACUCGGAUCCUACGGUCCAGUUUCGCCGCUCUCGCCGCUGUCUCCCUAUUCUCCCGCGCUUUCCACGGUCAGCGACGGUGCGACUCCGAUUCCGUAUAGGUUUAGUCACUACUAUGGUGACGGUGGCGCGCGGCUUCCGGCGUGGCAGGAAAUGGAGGGCGUGGGGAGCACCGACACAAUGCAAACCACUUGCACGUCUGACACUCGCCGACCUGCGAACCCUAUUCUCCAAGAGCUCGGCAAUUUCGAGAAUAUGACCGACAGUCGCUCACCCAACAACCAACAGCACUCUCCCCAUUCCUCCAACGGCCAACUUCGCGGAAGACGAUCUCUCGAUUCUCUCGCACAGCCAAUCACAGCGGCCCGCCGACCAUCGCCUAAGCCGUCGUUACUGGACAAGCUUCCCCUACUCAAAGGAUCGAGUUUUAAAUCCCGCAAGGCUAACACCGGUCGGAAGAUCAGUAAGAACAGCGAGAGUUGCGGCGACAUUAUCAGACAGAAUCAAGAGGAGGAAGCUUGGAGUAAUAUUCACGACAGAUCAGUGAUGCACACAGACACACAGAUUCUCGCUCGCCGAAAUAAGCUACCCGAAUACUCAGCGCGUGUACACGCGGAUACCAAGGUGUAUGCUUGUAACGAGGAUAUGUAUGCAACUGGCUUGAGGAUAUUCCCAAGGCAUGCCCCGUCGCAUGGGGCGGGAGAGGAUGGGUUUGUUUUCAGCCACGAGCGACACCACUCGCAGCUGUUCUAUCGCGGAUGCGGCUGUGAGGCCAUGUAUGCCUAA